AUAAAUGUGAAACAAGUCCCUUAUCGGCUACCGUAGUUGUGCCGGCUAAGGUAGUUGAUUGCUAGCAAGUAUAUCCAUUAGCUACCUUCUAAUGUUAGAGGAGUCAGUUAAAGAGUCAAAAUAGUCAGGUUUGUCAUCAACCAAACAAAGUUGAAGAAUAUGGUUGUGGAUCUCUGUCAGCCACACUUUCAUACGACAGUUCACUGCAACAAGCUUUGCGCAGAUGGCUAUGAUGUCACAAAUCUUGUGUCAGCUGACCCCGCUCUCCGAAGGCGAGGAUUCAAGCUGGAAUACUUCCUACGUCCACCUGUACAGGUGACAUUGAAGUUUGGCUUCCAGGUGGAUCUGUGCAGAGUGGAUGUGGAGCUGUGGCCCUGGGGUAUGGACCGAGGACAAACCUGCAAGAAACUAGAGAUCAGCACUUGUUCUGCUUGGCUACCCUCCCAGAAUUUUGGUCAAGACCUCAAACAGGUUCAGCAAAAGGAACAAAUGUCAGUGCAAGUAAAGGACCAGGAUAGACUGAAGAGAGAAAAGCAACAGGAACAUGGUGUUGAAUCUCACCAGUCUAAUGGCCACCAGUGGAGUCUUCAGGCCCAGCAGUGGGGAAAAGAAGCUCAAACCGAACCUCAGAGAAGGGGCCACAAGUUCAGUUGUCCGUCAAGCACUGAAACAAGUAACCCUGAACCAGAGUUUAAACUAGUAGGUCGUUGUGAACUCAGAGAGGAGACUCGAGUCUGUUUCACACGCUCAAAUUUUAGCCCCCGGCCACCUUUCUCCUCGCCACCUUCUCCACAACCUGCAAACUGUCGCCAAGAGGACCUAUGGAACCGGGGCCUGCUCUCAUUAGGCGCUGUGACACAACUUCGUGUAACUAUUCCAUUUGGUGGUGCAGCGUCUGCUAUGGGGCUCAAGUCUUUGGUUGUGUGGGGACAACCUGCUCGCUGCUGCACCGCAGAAGAAGUGGAGAGGGUUAAGAAAGUCCACGAGGCUAGUGAAAGACAGCUGCCAAGACCUGGAGGUCGUACCUCUUCUGUCAGCCAGGCAAAACCACCACUGCAAGCAGCCACACCUUCAAGCAAUCUUUCCGUCCCAGAAGAGUUCCUUGAUCCGAUAACACAGGAGGUAAUGAUGAUGCCCAUGCUGCUGCCCAGCGGUGUAUCAGUGGACAGUACCACUCUGGAGGAGCACCAGAAGAGGGAAGCUACUUGGGGUCGACCGCCCAAUGACCCCUUCACUGGCGUCCCGUUUACUGCAGCCUCUCAGCCCCUUCCUAACCCCCAACUGAAAAGCCGCAUUGACCACUUCCUCCUGCAGAAAGGGAUGAUUAGCAGGGAGGGCAUGUUGGGAAGACGAGGGGAGGGAGAAAAUCCACAGGCCUCAAGACUUGUGUCCUCUAAGGUAGAUGAAGAGAGCCAGAGCUCUCUGUGUGUCAGUAAAAGUUCAAUUAACAAGGCUGUUUUUCAGCAUAAUGCUGACUCCAAAAACGCAAAGAGGACCAUACAAAUGGAAGACUCUGGAUCGGCACAUUCAUCAGCGAAUCACACAUCUGACACCCAGCCUCUCAAUACAAAUAGUAAAUCAGAGUUAGAGAGAAGAAACAAACGAGGCCUAAAUGAAGAAUCGACAGAAGGGUUCACAGCUGAGAAGCAACUACCACGUCAAACAAAAAGACCAAGAGAUGAUGCAGUUUCACUCCACAGCUGCAGCUCUCAUGAGCAGCGCUUGUCCGCCAGCCUGGAUGAGGCCCUCUUCUCCGCCCUGCAGGGUCGACCCUCCUUCACCUCAAACUUGUCCCAGCAAGGACGGGUCACUGAACUACCGAGCACCUCACAACACGUUCAGACAGCAGGCACUCCAUGCGUACCAACAGGUGAGAAGACAUGCUCUGCAUGUUCCUGUUCAGUCUCCAUUUACUCCAAAUCUGCAUCACCCAUCUACCGUCUCACCUGCGGUCACUUGCUGUGCCGUUCCUGCCUGCGGAGUGAAUCGCAACUUCUAAACUCUGUCACUACCUCAACAGCCAGUCACGUCUUGUGUCCCUCCUGCCGAAGCCCUACCCCACGCAGUGACAUUGUACGAGUCCAUCACUGACAGAUGCUGUGAAAGGCUCAAAGCUUGUGGAAAAAAAAAAUGAGAGCUGUUCUCAAGGUGACGCGGGGUCAUGCUAUGGCUGUGACGUUAUAGCAUUGUGAACACGUUGAACUCUAAGUGGAAAAUAAAGCACUAUGUGGUUUUUAUUGAUGGACUCUUCUUGGUUUACAGAAUGUCUUCACAGAUGCGUCAUACUGUGUGCAUGAUGGUUUAUAGCAUUCAUGCUUAAUUUCUUAUUUUGUAUUGUAAUAUUUUUGUGCUGAAUUUUUAUUUAGGACUUUCUUUGUGAUGUGAUGCCACAAAAUUAGAUAGCAGAGUCCUCUGUUUUUGCUGUCGUGGAAAGGACAUCAUGGACAGCAAAGACUUUAACAAAACAAAAAGCAGUUUGGUUUUCUUCUCUUCCACCCCCCUCUCUCUGUCUUCUUAGCCUUUUCAUUGAGAACUGAAGUGUAGGUGCAGCCUUGGUUCUGCAUCCUUUGUACAGAUGUGUGUGCUGAGAAUGCACAAAGAAAAGGUUGGGGGACAGGAGUACUGAGAGCAAGAGUCCACAAGUAUUAAAGUGGAAAUUGAGUCAACCCAAGGCUGCUUGGUCAUUAUAAAGAAACAGACGGGGUCAUGCACAGUCUCUUUCCUUUUUCAUUCCAUUCACCACUUUACAUUCCCUACACUCUUAUAUAGAUUGCGUUAAGGGGGUAAAUGCUGGAAGAAAUUGUAAGGCUAAGGACUACGCAAAAGUCGUUAUGUACUACUUUUUCAAUACCCCUUUCUGCAGUAGCAAAUAUUUAUCAGGCGAUUUCUUUGUCAAAGUUACAUUUCUGGUGUUGCACUUUCUGCAUCUAUGUCCACUAGUUCUAGUAGUAGUAGUUCUUGUUUCUUGUUAGAUUUGACUGUUAUCUUGUCUUGUGUGAGGAAAUGAAUGAGAGUUCGGUUUCCCAGCACAGGCUACACUUCACCUUAACCGACUACCUCCGAUGUGUGCACAAAAGGGUUAAACAGACCGAAUUUAAGAAAAACAGUAUUUAGUAAGCAGUCACAAACAGCAUCGUUUCUGUGUCGGUUUCCCUGACAACAUUAAGCAUAACCAAGGUCAUGAUCCUAUAUCCGCUCACUGAGCCAAGACUGGAAUCAGUUGUUCUGCGUGUGAAAUUGAGACUUGGCCUUCACUGCUUUGAAAAGUGGUUGUUAAAGCACUUAAAUUGUAAUAAUUGCCUUGACUUGUAUAAACUACUUGAUUGACAUUA